AUGGGCAAGAAGUGCGAUGUGUGCAAGAAAAAAUGCAGUGGAGAUAUUUUGAAAAGUGGAGACAAAUACUUUCAUCUUGAUUGUUUUGUUUGUAGAGAAUGUCGUCGUCAAUUGAACGAGACUGGUUUCUACACUACAAGUGAUGGGAUUUAUCUGUGUCCGGAAGACUAUCGUCGACUUGCAAAAACGACCCCACAAGAGGAGCAAGGCCGGAAAUCAACUACUCAGCCAUCCUCAAAACAAAAAGAGCAGGAACCUCGGCACGAGUUUCAUCAAUUGCGAGACAGCACAAAUGCCUUGAAUGAAAGACGCCCCAGUUCACCCUUAUCACCACAAACUUGUGCUGCUUGCGAUCAAGCCCUUCAUACCGGUCAAAUUCUUCUUGCAUUGGGCCAAUCAUGGCAUGUAUUUUGUUUCAAAUGUAUCGAGUGUGGGGCUGUUCUUCAUGGAGAGUACAUGAGUCAUCAAGGAAAGCCACUUUGCAUUCGAGACUACAAUGAAAAGCAUGGAGUUCGUUGUUAUGAAUGUCAAAAGUUUAUCGCCGGAAAAGUUCUACAAGCGGGCGGCUACAAAUUUCACCCAACUUGUGCUCGAUGCUCGAGAUGUGGAGAUCACUUCGGCGAUGGGCAAGAAAUGUAUAUGCAGGGAGACGAAAUUUGGCAUCCUCACUGUGAAACAUCACGAACCACCGAGGAUAUUGCACCAUCCAAGAAAGCAACUUUGACUGCCAAGAAAACAAAUACAAAAUAUCAGGCUACUUUUGGACAACACCUUGCUUAUACUUUCUUACUUCCGGAAGCCGAACAGACCUACUUGAAGCAUCCAAUUCCACCUCAUGAUCCGCACGUUCCGCAGUUUCACGUCCCGCAAGGUCCCAUAAAGAUUCGCAAAUCACGCCUUGCCCUGCUAAAAACCGGAAUGCAAAGAUUGACUGAGGACAUGACGAAAGAUCAACUACCAAGAGCAAAGUCGCCUCAUAUGGAUAAUGAAGAGCCCAUUGAACUAGCUCAUUAUCCGGCAGCUCAGGUUCCCGACCCAAGCAAGUUGCCUCCAAUUGAACGCGAAGACUUUCCGGCUCCACCCUUUCCUUAUGCUGUCGAAGAACUCAAACGUCGUCUUUCGACAUCUUCUAUUGAAAACGAGAUAUCAGAUGAUGAAGAAGAGCUCUCAGAGAAGGAAACUGAUGAAAAGCUGAAGAAAACCGUCAAGCAACUCGAGCAAUAUGAGGACUCGUCGAUUGCAGCUGUCAUCCGUCAGAACAUUGAAGAAAGUCAAAAGAAACAACGAUUGCCUUUGCAUUGGGAUCCUCGAAAUGCUUCGAGAACACCUUCAGCCAAGAAAAUGCCUCAUCUCCGAUUCCGCUACGAUACACCAAUCAAUGCUUCUCCAUCUCGUCAUCUCAGUCGUCCCCGUCCAUGGGUGGCAUGGCAGGGUGGUGAAAGAAUGCAAGGAAACACUCUUCCAUGUUUCCAUGUACCUGAGAGUCGCUCGUCUACAAUGCGUCCUGCUACCUUACCCACCGGAGCCUAUUAUGGACACACAACUUCGAUGGAAAAUCUUGAUACCACCAUCUCAAGUCACUAUUCUGAGAAUAUUCCAUCUACGGGCACAAUGCCAGGUGCGCGAAGUGCAGGUGAAGUAAAAUCAUCCCUUCGCUCAUCUCUUCCCGAUAUGAGUAAACCUGUUAAGACGUAUUCUCUACAAACACUUCAAACUUGUAAUAAGGAAAUGCCUGAUGAUAUUGAUCGACAACAUCUGGAACGCCAUCUGCGACGAGAGGACUUUGAGGAAAUCUUCGGAAUGUCGCCAAUUGAGUUCUACAAGUUGCCCGAAUGGAAAAGAAUCAAUUUGAAAAGAAAAGCAAAGCUAUUU